AUGGGCGAUGCCGAGCCUGAAGGAAGCGGUGACGGCUUGCCUAGGAAGAGAAUUUUGGCGGCGUGUGAAGCUUGUCGGGAUAACAAGAUUCGAUGCCGGCCCAGUGAGAAGCCUGGCGUCUGCCGCAACAUAGAGCAAAAUUUGGUUCCCGAGGCAAUUCCGCAGCCUGCUACUGGGCCAUCAAAGAGUUUUAGUAUUGACUUUGCAAUACCAUUGAAGGUAGAGGUGGAAGAUAGUUUCCAAUCUCUUCGAGACGCUCACGCCAACUUCUUUGACAGCCUCGUCUUUCCUGGCGACGGAUCUGGUCUGUCCGAACACAACACCAGCAUGCAUAGCGUAUACUCUACUCCGACAUCUACUACAGAUGCUGAACCUAUUCCGGACCUCCACGCCAAACCAUCCUUUAAUCUUGCCUCUGCCGAGUCCCUUUUGACGUCAUUUCACACUAUGUUGUGUCACUUCCCUUGCAUUGUAUUAAGCCCGGAUAUCUCGGUCUCCUUACUUGCGUCAACACAGCCCUUUGUUCUACUGGCCAUCCUUGCUGCAGCGUCUGGGUCGCGAAUUAUACAGAGUAAUAGUCUAUAUGACGAAGAAUUUAGGAAAAUCUUGGGGUUGAAGUUCGUUGCCUGUGGGGAGAGAACGGUGGAAAUACUCCAAGGAAUCCUUAUCUACUGCGCCUGGUAUCCCUUUCAUCUACGGCCACGGAGUAAACAACCAUUUCGCUAUAUUCGCAUGGCAGCUGAGAUUAUUCACGAACUGGAAUUAGACCAAGAGACACGGGUUGAUCUGCAAUAUACCGACGCACGACUAACGUCCCAGCAACUUCAUAGUAUCCGCGCAUACUUGGGCUAUUUCUAUCUUGCUUCUACAAUUCCCGCAGAAUGGCAGAGCCGCGGCAACAAACCACCAGUCUUUACUAAUUGGACAGAAAGUUGCUGCAAGAUCCUUGAACGCAGCAACGUUGACAACGACAUUGUGCUUGCAUCUCUUGUUCGACUAUCCAGUACGGCUACAGAGGCACUUCGCGCCAUCAAUGAUGAUAAUAGCCACACCCAUCAGCAGAGCCGACUGGUAUUAUUAGGCCUCGAAGCACAGCUUCGGGAUAUAGAGUCACUCAUACCACCGCACAUUGCUUCAACGCCCGUGGUCUAUAUGCAGAAUUUAUUUGUUCAUCUGUCCAUGCAGGAUGGCGCUCUUCUAAGGUUGCCGCGUCUUUCUCCACACUUGAUCAAAGGACGGCCACCACUACCCCCUGAAGCGUCUCAAUUAUAUGCCAGCGUAGAUACGAUACAGAAGUUGCUCAACUAUAUUCUGAGUCUUGAUGAAGCAACUAUGGCCAGAUUCUCCACGGCUGACUGGUGCAGAUUCAUCUCCGGUAUAAUUCUUGCUAUUCGGUUGUCACUCGCGAUACCCGAAUGCCCCGAUUUCGAUACAUCCUGGGUGCGCUCCCAUCUGCGGUUCGAUGAGAUUUUGGAAAGAAUUUGUAAAGAGACGGAUCCCACAACAAGUGCGGGAAAAAAGAUCGAUGUCCUCUCCGCAAUGCGAACAGUCAUGAGAAUUGUCAAAGACAAGUAUACCCAACGACUUUUCAUCCUGGAACAUGGACAUGGAAUGACAGCUCCAAAAUUGAGCCUCGGAUGCCCCAUGCUCGAUGGGAGCAUGGAUAAGCAGUUUCAACUCUGGCAGUCGGUAGUAGACGCGGAAAUACCUACCACAGCGCUGCCUGGUGGGGACAUAGCAACUGCAUUUAGUGCUGACGACGACAUGAUACUUCAGGAUCUCUGGGCGACGACGGCAGGGUGGGCAAAUGGGGAUGCGUUACCAGAGUGGUAG